AUGCAGACCAUCAAGUGUGUGGUCGUCGGAGACGGUGCCGUCGGUAAGACGUGUCUUCUUAUCUCCUAUACCACAAAUGCCUUCCCAGGAGAAUACAUCCCCACAGUCUUCGACAACUACUCAGCAAACGUCAUGGUCGAUGGCAAACCUGUCUCUCUCGGCCUAUGGGAUACUGCAGGACAAGAAGAUUACGAUCGGUUAAGACCCCUUUCCUACCCUCAAACAGACGUUUUCCUUAUUUGCUUCUCUCUCGUCUCUCCACCCUCUUUCGAGAACGUACGAACCAAAUGGUGGCCUGAAAUCUCGCAUCACGCUCCCAACAUCCCCACCAUCCUCGUCGGAACAAAAUUGGAUUUGAGGGAGGACCCAGAAACCAUCGCCAAGUUGCGCGAUAGGAGAAUGCAACCCAUCACCUACGCGCAAGGUAACCAGAUGGCAAGGGACAUUCAUGCGACAAAGUACUUGGAAUGCUCGGCAUUGACACAGAAAGGUUUGAAGGGAGUCUUUGACGAAGCGAUCAGGAGUGUUUUGGCUCCUGCACCAAUGAAGAGUAAGAAGAAGAACAAUUGCAUGAUUCUCUAA